GGAGGUGGUGGACACCAUGGUGCGGCACUUCAAGAUGCAGAUCUUUGGAGACCGACAGCCGGGUUACGACGGGAAGAGGAACAUGUACACAGCACACCCACUGCGAUAGGGAGGGGACCGGGUGGACCUGGAGGUGACCCUGCCUGGUGAGGGGAAGGACCAGACCUUCAAGGUGUCUCUGCAGUGGGUGUCUGUGGUCAGUCUGCAGAUGCUGCUGGAGGCCUUGUCGGGUCACCUGAACGAGGUCCCAGAAGACUCUGUUCAGGCUCUGGAUGUCAUCACACGACACCUUCCCUCCAUGAGGUACACUCCGGUGGGGCGCUCGUUUUUCUCACCUCCAGAGGGUUACUACCAUCCUCUGGGCGGAGGCCGGGAGGUGUGGUUCGGGUUCCAUCAGUCUGUCCGUCCGGCCAUGUGGAACAUGAUGCUCAACAUCGACGUGUCGGCCACGGCCUUCUACCGCGCUCAGCCCGUCAUCGAGUUCAUGUGUGAAGUUCUGGACAUCCAGAACAUCAACGAGCAGACCAAACCUCUGACCGACUCUCAGCGCGUCAAAUUCACCAAGGAGAUCAGAGGCCUGAAAGUUGAGGUCACACACUGCGGUCAGAUGAAGAGGAAGUAUCGCGUUUGCAACGUGACGCGUCGACCUGCCAGCCACCAAACCUUCCCCUUGCAGCUGGAGAACGGCCAGGCCAUGGAGUGCACGGUAGCUCAGUAUUUCAAGCAGAAGUACAAUCUCCAGCUCAAAUACCCACACUUACCCUGUCUGCAAGUGGGCCAGGAGCAGAAGCACACCUACCUUCCCCUGGAGGUCUGUAACAUCGUAGCAGGUCAGCGCUGCAUCAAGAAGCUCACAGACAACCAGACGUCCACCAUGAUUAAAGCCACGGCUCGCUCAGCACCCGACAGGCAGGAGGAGAUCAGCCGACUGGUGAAAAGCAACAGCAUGGUGGGGGGCCCGGACCCCUACCUGAAGGAGUUUGGCAUCGUGGUGCACAAUGACAUGACGGAGGUGACCGGCCGAGUGCUGCCAGCGCCCAUGCUGCAGUAUGGGGGCCGGAAUAAAACCGUGGCCACGCCCAACCAGGGCGUCUGGGACAUGAGGGGGAAGCAGUUCUACGCCGGCAUCGAGAUCAAGGUGUGGGCCGUGGCCUGCUUCGCCCCCCAGAAACAGUGUCGGGAGGAUCUGCUCAAGAGCUUCACAGAUCAGCUGAGGAAGAUCUCCAAGGAUGCCGGGAUGCCGAUCCAGGGCCAGCCGUGCUUCUGUAAAUACGCCCAGGGAGCUGACAGCGUGGAGCCCAUGUUCAAACACCUGAAGAUGUCCUACGUGGGUCUGCAGCUGAUCGUCGUCAUCCUGCCUGGAAAAACCCCCGUUUAUGCUGAGGUGAAGCGGGUUGGAGAUACGCUGCUCGGCAUGGCCACUCAGUGCGUCCAGGUGAAGAACGUGGUGAAGACGUCGCCUCAGACGCUCUCCAACCUCUGCCUGAAGAUCAACGCCAAGCUGGGAGGCAUCAACAACGUCCUGGUUCCUCACCAGAGGCCGUCGGUGUUCCAGCAGCCCGUCAUCUUCCUCGGCGCCGAUGUCACUCAUCCUCCGGCGGGCGACGGGAAGAAGCCGUCCAUCGCAGCGGUGGUCGGCAGCAUGGACGGACAUCCCAGCAGAUACUGUGCAACCGUCAGAGUCCAGACGUCUCGGCAGGACAUGUCGCAGGAGCAGCUCUUCAGUCAGGAGGUCAUCCAGGAUCUGACCAACAUGGUCCGAGAGCUGCUCAUCCAGUUCUACAAGUCGACUCGCUUCAAGCCAACACGAAUCAUUUACUAUCGAGGCGGCGUCUCCGAGGGACAGAUGAAACAGGUGGCGUGGCCGGAGCUGAUUGCCAUCAGGAAGGCCUGCAUCAGUCUGGAGGAGGACUACCGGCCAGGAAUCACCUACAUCGUGGUCCAGAAGCGUCACCACACCCGUCUGUUCUGCUCCGAUAAAGCUGAGAGGGUUGGGAAGAGCGGUAACGUUCCAGCCGGCACCACGGUGGACAGCACCAUCACUCACCCGUCCGAGUUCGACUUCUACCUGUGCAGCCACGCUGGGAUUCAGGGAACCAGCCGUCCCUCCCACUACCACGUCCUGUGGGAUGAUAACUGUUUCACGGCCGAUGAGCUGCAGCUCCUCACCUACCAGCUGUGCCACACCUACGUCCGCUGCACGCGCUCAGUGUCCAUCCCGGCGCCGGCCUACUACGCCCGGCUGGUGGCCUUCAGAGCCCGGUACCACCUGGUGGACAAAGACCACGACAGCGCUGAAGGCAGCCAUGUUUCGGGCCAGAGUAACGGCCGGGACCCCCAGGCGCUGGCGAAGGCGGUUCAGAUCCACUAUGACACCCAGCACACCAUGUACUUCGCCUGAGCUCCACCUGUGGAUCCACUUCCUGUUUCCCCUUUUCUUUCUCCUCAUCUCUCUCUCCUCGUAGUCUUUCUCUUUCUCUUCUGAAUCUGCACCAAAGCGGCUCGUUGAGGGAAGAAAACCAGCCGACGGUUGGGGUAAAACCAGCCGACGGUUGGGGUAAAACCAGCCGACGGUUGGGGUAAAACCAGCCGACGGUUGGGGUAAAACCAGCCGACGGUUGGGGUAAAACCAGCUUCCCUUCAUGGAACCACCUCCAGCCAGCGUUCCCGGCCGAGCCGCCGUCUUCAACCAGCAAAUCCAGCACUGCGAAGCCGCCAUGGUUUCUGCUGCACAGGAAAAAAAGAAAAAAAAAUUCAAGAAAGAAAUCCUGAAAAAACAAAAACAAACCACACACACGAGUUGAGCCAUUGUUUUAGCGUUUGUUUUUGUUUUUUCCUCUCUGAAUGUGGUGUUUGUGAUACACUGAGCUCCAGCUCUCAGCUAAGCAGGACUCUUAUCUACUUUUACCUCAACGCCCAUCGGGCUAAAUCUGUCACAAGGUCUGGGGUUUAUCGGGUGGUGGGGAGGGACUCUUAGAGACGGAGGGGAGUUGACCUUUUCAGAAUGAUAUAUAUACAUAUAUAUAUAUAUUUUUCCUUUUUAUGAACGUGUGUUUUAACUUUUUCUCCUUUUUCGGUCUUUUACAAGCGAGGUGACCUGGGUGUCCAUGCCCAUUGCGACUUUCCUCCCAUCUUAGCGACGUGUGUGUGUGAUCUCUGUAUAUACAUGUACUGCUGUGUGAGUGUGUGUGUGCAUGUGUGUGUGUGUGUGUUUCAUGGCAGGCCACUGAAUUGUAAAGGGAAAAUCAUGGAGAUAACUGCUGUAAAUGCCUCAGAUUUGUUGUUUUUAUAUUCACACGUACAGUACAUAUAAGCAUAUAUUUACAUCUAUAGAGCAACUUUGAGACAUAUGACUAAGAACAGGCCCGACAGGCCAGUGUGGGUAUUUUCUAGCAGCCCUGGAUCGCUUUGUCGCCUGAAACGUGUCGGAUUAUGAGGAAAAUCCACUAAUCUGCUGCGUUUGAGUCAGUGGAGUGAGUCCAGGUCUGAGUGUAGCAGUAGCUGUACCCGUGGUCCGGCCGGCCGAAGGCAUUAAUCACAGUUUUAUCAGCGAUCUUAAUUUCCUUUGGACCUGAUUAUAUGAAAGAUUAUAUGGACGACACUGCUGGACAUUUCUUCUUUUUUAAAAAAAUAGUUUCAAGGGCCGGAAACCGACGUAGUGUUUUCUUUUUUUGUUGUUUGUUUUUUUGGUUUUUUUGCUAAUAUUUGGCCAAUUCAUUGCACUGACCCGGGACGCUAGGCAAGCAACAGAGGGCACUCUCGAUCUCUCUUUACCUUUAUGCAUUUAUACAUACGAAUCGACGGAUCAGAUUUGUAAAAGUUUAAUAUAAGAUGUUUUGUGGUUAUCUUUAAAAAAAGAAAACAAAAAAACAAAAGAAAGCGUUUAGGAUCUAGUAGUUUACCAUCGAUGUUGUUGUUGUCGUUGUUGUCAAUGUUGUUGCUAUUGUGAUGAAAUUUUACGGUUCGGCAGCAGAAGCCGGUUUUAUUCUAGUUACUAGUUUGGGAUUAGGUUCGGUUGUUGAGCUGCAGGUUCGAGCGUUCGGAGGUUUUAUUUGUAGCAUCCUGGCGAACGGCAGCGGUGGCGUCGUGUAGCGUCCAGUUGGAUCAACCGUUAUGCAGAUGAUGAUGUAUUAUACGUUUCUAAUAUUGUUCAUGUUAUCUCACAUCUGAUGGUUUUCUUUCACCGAUGUGGCUGAAAGACACAACUCUCCUAGAGAAAUGCCUCCGAUAAUCAUGUUGGAUCCGGUCAGAGAAGCGUUUUUCCAUUUGUUCUUUUGUAACUAAGAUGAAAAUAAUCAGAAAAAACACGACCAGAACUUCUAAAAGCUCCGAUCCUCUUUGUGUUUCUCAGCUGAAGAAUGUAGUCGUUUUGUCCGUUAACGAGUUUUUAGAGGGAAAAAGCUGCUGCGUUGAUAAGGUUAUCGCAGUGUUCCGAGUCUUUCCCUCUUUGGCUCGUUAUUUUCAACUUAUUUACAAAAGAACAAAUGGAAAACGCUUCUGAAAGACUUCAUUUAUUAUUGUUUUUCCUCUAACUGUGUCAUUCGCCAUCGUCUGUGAAAAAACAAACCACAAAUGUGAAAUAGUCAAACUUUUCAUGAUCCAUAUUAGAAACGUACAAUCCGACAUCAUCUGCGUAAGGUUUGAUCCAACCAGGCGCCACUCGGAGCCUCAAACCCGCCACCGCUCGGUUUGUUUUCGAUCGGACAAUCAGGAAGUGCGAUCAAGAUCGGAUUGAGGGGUUUGUUUUUAAGAAAAAGUAAAAAGCGGUUUGCGAUAGGCAAUGAGUUGAAUUUUUAGACUUUUUAAAAAACGGUUUCUAUUACUCUCUGUGUGUAUUGAAGUAUACCCAUCUUACUAUUUAACGGCGUUUGUUUCAUAUUUUUAUGCGUUUUUAACACUGGAUUGAAUUGACAAUAAGCAUCAGCACUGCCCUCGGACCCCCUGCUGGAGAGGAAGGGGCGGGGUUACGGUCGGACCCCCUGCUGGAGAGGAAGGGGCGGGGUUAAAGUCGGCGUGCACGCCUCCUCAGGGCGGGGCCGCUCAGCAGACGAACCCUUUUGUAAUAAACCACCCGUAAAGCAGCAGGUUUACUAUGAAUGAGUUCGAGCGCCUUCCUGUGGAUGGCGUGGGCGUCGGCCAGGCGGUGGGCGUGGCAGGGGGCGUGUCCAGGCACUGCAUGCAAUACUUAGUAUAAAGAUCAGCUUUUUAAAAACGUGCACUAGUUCUACCGAGCCGAGCGGGCUCUUUGAUUCAGCAUCCACGCGGCGAAUAUUUAAUCCGACGAGCAAUAUCAACCCCGUUUUUCCUAAAAUGUGGAUCAGCGAAGCUAUAAUUCUUCUCAUUGUGCUCGUUGUUGUGCGUCCGUACUUUUUUGUUUUUUGUUUUAAUCUCGUACUUUUUCGGUUCAUUUUAUUUGCUCGUAUCAAUCAGUGGGAAUGUGCAUUUGGUGGAAUAGUAGCGUAGAUUUUCUUUCUCGUAGACUUUGCUCGCCUGCAUGCCGGAGUAUUGUCCUUUCAAAAUAAAAGUUUAAAAAAACUUUUUGGAAUCAUAUUUAUUAUGAGAAAAUAUAAACACUUUUUUCUUUCGGGUAAAUGUUUAUGGAUUUUAGUGGGACUGUUUUAGGCUAGCAAUAUGUUGUCGGUCUCUCAGAUGUAUUUUAUUCCUACGCCGGUGAUGUGGAGGUCGUGUUCGGUGUUCGGCGGCGGCGGAGUCGUUCUUUAGCGUCGAGUUCGAAUCCAAACGAGGUACUUUGUUCAAACAUUGGACCCGUUAAAGAGCGACGCCUUCGCCGCCUCCUGGCCGGUCGGUUUCCGUAGCGAGCGUCCGUUUCCGUCUCCUCGUUUCCUGGUUUAUGUACCCGCGGCCGCCCUCCCGUUUCCACGGCAACUCCUUUUGGCGCUCCCCCGGGUGGAGGCGGUCGCCGUGGUGACGACGGAGCAGGAUUACCUCUUUUUAACCUUUUUUUAAAGUCGACUAAAAAAGAUCCUUAACUGUUUGAGCCCCGAUAGACAGAGAGCAUGAAUUAUUUUGGAUUCCUCUCGCUUUGAUAUCUCGUUCUCUCGACGGAUUUGUAAUUCUGUGUUUCGUCGUGUUUUCAGUUCCUUCCUCCUCGGUUCUGUUUCUGUUGUUUUCGCUCUGGUUCUGUUCCUUCCUUUGCUCUCUGGACUGUGUGAUCGUCUCAUAGCAAUAGAACCACAGAACGGAGGAACCUUUCUGAUUGGCUGCGGGGCUCGUUGAGGCUCCGCCCUCAGCAGACCGCCAUUCACUCGCUGUUAUUGCUAUUAUGUGAUAUGUUCAAUACAUUUAUUUUUUUUUAGCCUGCAGGGAAUUCUUGUGUUAAUGUGCAAAGUAAUAAAUUGGUAUUUUAUGCCUAAAACGAA